GCCAAUACCUGUAAAAUUUAUUACCCAUUUCAGCCGCUUUUAAAACAUUUUCAAAAUAAAGAUUUUUUUGUCAGAUAUUUCAUUUGUUGAAAAAAUUAUUUAAAUAUCCCAGAUAUCCCUGAAUUUUAAUCUCUUUUUUUCUUUCGUUUUCUUAACUUUUUAGACUAGUUAGCUGUUCUUGUAUUAGUAAACAUGAGUGCUGCUACUGAACCAACCAAAGAAAAAGUUGAUAAGGCUUUGUCUGAUGACGAAGAUGAAGAUAUUGACCAAUUAAUUGAAGAUUUACAAUCUGUCAAGGCUGGUCUCGAAGAAUCUGAUGACGAAGUCGACGAAGGUUCUUUCAAGGCCGUCCCAGAUGAAUUGUUGCAAACCGACCCUUCUACCGGUUUGACUGCUGAUGAAGUGAACAAGAGAAGAAGAAAGUACGGUUUGAACCAGUUGGCUGAUGAGUCUGAAAACAUGUUUGUUAAAUUCAUCAUGUUUUUCGUCGGUCCAAUUCAAUUCGUUAUGGAAGCCGCUGCUGUUUUGGCUGCUGGUUUGGAAGAUUGGGUUGAUUUCGGUGUGAUUUGUGGUUUGUUGAUGUUGAACGCCGCCGUUGGUUUCAUUCAAGAAUACCAAGCCGGUUCUAUUGUCGAAGAAUUGAAGAAGUCUUUGGCUAACACUGCUUUUGUUAUCAGAGAUGGCUCCUUGGUUGAGGUGCAAUCUUCUGAAAUUGUGCCUGGUGAUAUUUUGCAAUUGGAAGACGGUACCGUUAUUCCAGCCGAUGGUAGAAUUGUGUCUGAAGACUGUUUCUUGCAAGUUGAUCAAUCUGCUAUCACUGGUGAAUCUAUGGCUGUUGACAAGAAGCACGGUGAUGCUUGUUACUCUUCUUCCACCGUGAAGACCGGUGAAGCUUUCAUGAUUGUUUCUGCUACCGGUGACUCCACCUUUGUCGGUAGAGCCGCCGCUUUGGUUAACAAGGCUUCUGCUGGUACUGGUCACUUCACUGAAGUGUUGAACAGUAUCGGUACGAUUUUGUUGGUUUUGGUUAUCGUUACUUUGUUGGUCGUGUGGACCGCCUGUUUCUACAGAUCCGUGAGAAUCGUGCAGAUUUUGAGACACACUUUGGCCAUCACCAUUGUGGGUGUGCCAGUUGGUUUGCCAGCUGUUGUCACCACCACCAUGGCCGUCGGUGCUGCUUACUUGGCUAAGAAACAAGCUAUUGUUCAAAAAUUGUCUGCCAUUGAAUCUUUGGCUGGUGUCGAAAUCUUGUGUUCCGAUAAAACCGGUACCUUGACCAAGAACAAGUUGUCUUUACACGAACCUUACACUGUUGAAGGUGUUGAAGCCGAUGACUUGAUGUUGACUGCUUGUUUGGCUGCCUCUAGAAAGAAGAAGGGUUUGGAUGCUAUUGAUAAGGCUUUCUUGAAGUCUUUGAUCUCGUACCCAAGAGCUAAGAAUGCUUUGACUAAGUACAAGGUUUUGGAAUUCCAGCCUUUCGACCCUGUGUCCAAGAAGGUUACUGCUAUUGUUGAAUCUCCAGAAGGAGAAAGAAUUGUUUGUGUUAAGGGUGCCCCAUUGUUUGUUUUAAAGACCGUCGAAGAUGACCACCCAAUUCCUGAAGAUAUUCACGAAAACUACCAAAACACCGUUGCCGAAUUUGCUUCCAGAGGUUUCAGAUCUUUGGGUGUUGCUAGAAAGAGAGGUGAAGGACACUGGGAAAUCUUGGGUAUUAUGCCAUGUAUGGAUCCUCCAAGAGAUGACACUGCUGCUACUGUUAACGAAGCUAGAAGUUUGGGUUUGAGAGUCAAGAUGUUAACUGGUGAUGCCGUUGGUAUUGCUAAGGAAACUUGUAGACAAUUGGGAUUGGGUACCAACAUUUACGAUGCCGACAGAUUGGGUCUUUCCGGUGGAGGUGACCUUGCUGGUUCUGAAAUUGCUGACUUUGUUGAAAACGCUGACGGUUUCGCUGAAGUGUUCCCUCAACACAAGUACAAUGCCGUUGAAAUUUUACAAUCUAGAGGUUACUUGGUUGCCAUGACUGGUGAUGGUGUUAACGAUGCUCCAUCUUUGAAGAAGGCUGAUACCGGUAUUGCUGUCGAAGGUGCUACCGAUGCUGCUAGAUCUGCUGCUGAUAUUGUUUUCCUUGCCCCUGGUUUGUCUGCUAUCAUCGAUGCUUUGAAGACCUCCAGACAAAUUUUCCACAGAAUGUACUCUUAUGUUGUUUACCGUAUUGCUUUGUCUUUGCACUUGGAAAUUUUCUUGGGUUUGUGGAUUGCUAUCUUGAACGAUUCUUUGGAUAUUAACUUGAUUGUGUUUAUUGCUAUCUUUGCCGAUGUGGCCACUUUGGCCAUUGCUUAUGACAAUGCUCCUUACGACCCUAAACCUGUUAAGUGGAACACCCCAAGAUUGUGGGGUAUGUCCAUCAUCUUGGGAAUCAUUUUGGCUGUUGGUACUUGGAUCACCUUGACCACCAUGUUCAUGAAGAAGAACGGGGAAAUCCACGGUAUUAUCCAAAACUGGGGUGCCAUUGACGGUAUCUUGUUCUUGCAAAUUUCCUUGACUGAAAACUGGUUGAUUUUCAUCACCAGAGCUCAAGGUCCAUUCUGGUCCUCUGUUCCAUCCUGGCAAUUGUCUGGUGCUGUCUUAAUUGUUGACAUCAUCGCUACUAUGUUCACCUUGUUCGGUUGGUGGUCUCCAAGAUGGACUGACAUUGUUACUGUUGUCAGAACCUGGAUCUGGUCUUUCGGUGUGUUCUGUGUCAUGGGUGGUGCUUACUACUUGAUGUCUGAAUCCAGCGCCUUUGACGACUUCUGUAACAGAAGAAAGACCAAGCCUACGCAUGACUCUAGAGCUUUCGAAGAUUUCUUAGUGUCCAUGCAAAGAGUGUCUACUCAACACGAAAAGUCCACUUAAGAAGGUUCGGUUUAAUGCUUGAUAUGUGAGCCAUUGGGUUUGUGGUUGUGCUAUUGGCUGAUGUGAGCUAAAGAGAUUGUUAUGUUAUUUUGGGUAUCUCUGUGUUUGUGUUUGCUGGUGGCUUGACUGCUUUUUCCAAGGCCUUUAUUCCUGCUCGUUCUUUUGUGUUUUUUUCUCCUGCGACUUUGGUGGUAGGCUGCAAUUUUUAUCAUCCCAUACGGAUUCUGAGUUAUGAUUAUAGAAAUUUGCGGUUGAUGGGUUGCGUCCUAUACCUUUGUCGUUUCCAUUCUUUUUUUAUAUUUAUUUGAUUCCCAUCCCCAUAUUUUACGUUUUAUAGUAAUAGAUAAUAGUACUUUG